AUAAAACAAAGAAACUUGGUCUGGAGUUUGGAGAAACCACACAAAUACGCAUCCAAGAACAUUCCAGAACCCACUGUCACACACUAUCUCUGUUUUGUUACGCUCUGACUGCUGAAGGAGCACAAGAGAAGAGAAUCCAUCAAUGGCUACUUUCCUCUCCAAUCAAUCUCUGUUGGCUCCUUGUCCUUGUUCUACUCCCUUCUCUUCAAACCCCUUUCAAACCCUAAAACCCAAAAUCAUAUCUUUUUCAUCUCGUGGGUUUCCAAGUCCCCUAAAUUCCUCUCCCAAUCGAAGAAACCCGUUGAAGUAUUCUCAAGGUCCCCCUCCAACUGGAAAUGAUGAGACAGGUGAGACCCGGAAAGAUUUCAGAGGGAUAGACGGUGAUGGAGAUAAAAAACCAUUACCCAGUUUAAUGGUCCUCGUUGAAGCAUACAAAGAAGCCUUUUUUAAUGGUGAUGAAAAUGGUGUUGCUCUGAUUGAAAAGGGAAUAUAUUCAGCUGUAAAUAGAAAAAAUAAAUUGAUUCAGAAUGUAUCAAGUUUAUCAGCAGACAAAGCUACUUCCAAGGAUAGAUAUGUUCGAUUACAAGCUGAUUUUGACAAUUUUAGGAAAAGGUCCGACAAAGAAAGACUUAGCAUCCAAUCUGAUGCCCAACAAGAACUCAUUGAACAGCUUUUGUUGAUGGUGGACAGUUUUGAAAAAACAAAACAGCAAACUAAAGCAGCAACAGAGAAAGAGAAGAAAAUUGAUGUUAGCUAUCAAGGAAUUUACAAACAAUUUGUAGAGGUUCUGAGGAGUCAUCAUGUUUCAGUGAUAGCAACAGUGGGCAAGCCGUUUAAUCCCUUGCAACAUGAAGCCAUUGCACGUGAGGAGUCAACAGAGUUCAAGAAAGGGAUUAUAAUUAAAGAAACACGACGUGGUUUCUUGCUCAGAGAUCGAGUUCUAAGGCCAGCCCAGGUGAAGGUUUCAUUAGGUCCUGGAGCUACGAAAUCUCCUGUGUCUCCUGACAACUCCAUGGAGCGACCUUCAACAGCUGCUGGAAUAGAUGAAAGAUAGUCUCUUCAACUUUCUUACUUAUUAAAAGUCUAGCUCCUCCUGCAAACAUGAUGUCUUUACAUUGGUCAACUUGAAAUGCUUCUAGUAUUCAAUAUUUUGGUACUUGGGCCGUAGGUGAGUGUAGUCCCUUGGACCUAGCAAAUUUCACACCACACUUGAAUUUUUGAGAAAGGGAAUUAAUUUUGUUCAUGAGAGAACAAUGAGUUUCUUGUGUAAUCCAUUUUUAACCAAAAGCAAAAAAACGGUUCAUUCUUGAGCUCUUCUGCCAUUUUUUUUCCUUGUCUCAAUACUAAGAAAGCUAGACUGCAGGAACGCCUUGUAGCCAACCAAAAAUCAACUGCAUUUUGAGUUCUAAAGUGAAGCUCACAUGGAGUAGAACUUGUAAGUGAUAGUAGUUGAUUUUAUUGAAGAGAUUCACACUAUGACUGGCUGUAUGAAAAGAUGAUAUUGGGAAUCAUGGUUUCACAGUAUCAUAUUAUGGUUCCUGGUCUUUUGGUAUUAUGUGUUAUGUUUAUAACACGUCACAAUUUUGAUUAA